AUGAGCAAUCCCGCGACGCAAAGAAUUUUGAUGAUGCGAAAUUCAUGCUAUGAACUGCGAAGGGACGCGAUUUCCCGUCUUUCUCUAACUUUUUUGGACCUAAAACUUCGUUUAGGGUUUAAAUCCCUGGUCUAUCACGGAGAAGUAUGUUUGGGAGAGCUGGAUGUUAUUCCAGUGACGGAACAUAAUUUCCAGUUUCCAAACAACGAGAUUCGAAUACAACGCAUAUCUCAACAAAGUGAGCGAUGUCCUACUCUGUCAAUUCUUCAAACAAUCUCUCCAUUUUCCGUCCGUUGCAAGCUCGAAUCGUCUUCUCGUACUGAACAGACUCAUUUGAUCAAUCUCCAUGCCUCUUGUUUCCAUGAAGUCAAGACGGCGGUGGUUUUAAUUGGAGAUGAGGAGAUUCAUUUAGUGGCAAUGCCAAGUAAGCAAAAGAAGUUUCCGUGUUUUUGGUGCUUUGCGGUACCUGUAGGUUUGUAUGAUUCGUGUUUGAGGAUGCUCAACAUGCGGUGUCUAUCAAUUGUGUUUGAUCUUGAUGAGACGCUUAUUGUUGCCAACACGAUGAAGUCGUUUGAGGAUAGAAUUGAGGCUCUUAGGGUUUGGAUUGCACGGGAGAUGGAUCCGAUGAGGGUUUCGGGAAUGUCUGCAGAGAUGAAGAGAUAUAUCGAUGAUCGGUUGCUUUUGAAGCAGUAUAUAGAGAGCGAUGUUGUUAUGGAUAAUGGAAAGACGUAUAAGGUUCAAUUGGAGGAGGUUCUGCAAUUAUCGGAUGGCCAUGAGAGAGUUGUUAGACCUGUGAUUAGAUUGCCUGAAAAAAACAUUGUUCUCACUCGCAUCAAUCCAGAGAUUCGUGAUACAAGUGUGCUUGUGAGAUUAAGGCCUGCAUGGGAAGAUUUGAGAAGUUAUUUAACUGCAAAAGGACGCAAACGGUUUGAAGUUUAUGUUUGUACAAUGGCUGAAAGAGAUUAUGCCUUAGAAAUGUGGAGGCUUCUUGACCCAGAGGCUCACCUGAUAGCUUCAAAGCAACUCUCAGACCGUGUAGUUUGUGUUAAAUCAGGCAAGUAA